AAUUUCUAUCUUUUGUCCCAAGUUCAUCUAUCAAAUUUUUGAGUGUGUAAAGUGUCAUUACCCGUGCUGGAUAUUAUUAAUUAGUUGUUUAAUUGAAAACAUCCCAUAAAUAUCAAUAACUAUUAACUUUCGAUACAGAAUUUUGUAGGUUAACCAUCUCUUCGAACAGAUCCCCGAAACGAUGACGACUGCAUGCACCAAUUUAUUGAAAAAGGAAUUUCCUUCAAUGGACAGUGAAACUAAACAGUACAUUGAAGGAAUUCUUACUGGUGGUGCAGAUGAUUUUGAAAGUGGAGAUGAUUUGUACGACGCUAUCGGAGACCUUCUUCACGAAAUAGCAGCUGAGAAAGGUGAAGACGAUAUUCGCGAUCUCUGUGAACAGUUCCUUUGUAUCAUGAAACCUACCGAUAAUGUACGUAAAGGAGCAAAAGUACUCGACGCUCCCAAAUCACUGGGGCAAAUGGCCGCUAAUAUGGAAGGCCUUCAAGAAGACAUUUCCAGUAUUUGGGUGGUGUCGCGUGACGAUAAUCUUAAAGUCAAUUCAAAGAAACUGGAAAAGGCACAGCAAAAGUUACAACAGAAACAAGACAAGCGUUCGGAUGUUGUCAAACCUGCAGUGAUGGCUCCACAAUUGCAAACGGCAACGGCUUCACAGGUCGUCAGCAAAAAGGACAAUCAAUUGGAAGUCAAAGGGAAUAAUCGAUCAAUGGACAUUCGCAUAGAGAAUUUCGAUGUUUCGUAUGGAAACAAAGUGUUGCUACAAAAUGCCGAUUUGUUGCUGGCGAACGGUCGUCGCUACGGAUUGGUCGGUAGAAAUGGAUUGGGAAAAACUACUCUCCUCCGGAUGAUCUCUGGCAAACAACUUACAAUUCCGAGUCACAUAACCAUUCUUCAUGUAGAGCAGGAAGUUAUUGGUGAUGACACAUCUGCUUUGGCUAGUGUUUUGGAAUGUGAUUUCGUACGAGAACGAUUGUUGAAGGAGGAAAAAGAAAUAGCCGCAGAGGUUGCCGCAGGAUCCACCGACCCAGCACUGAGUCAAAAAUUGACUGAAAUCUACCAAUCGUUGGAAUUAAUUGAAUCAGACAAAGCACCAGCCCGAGCUUCGAUCAUUUUGAUCGGUCUUGGAUUCACAAAGGAAAUGCAAGCGAGAUCCACAAAAACGUUCUCGGGUGGAUGGCGAAUGAGAUUAGCCCUAGCCCGCGCAUUGUUCUCGAAACCUGAUUUGCUGCUUCUCGAUGAACCGACCAACAUGUUGGACAUUAAGGCCAUCAUUUGGCUAGAAAAUUAUUUACAAAAUUGGCCCACAACUCUAUUGGUGGUGUCCCACGACCGCAACUUUUUGGAUACGGUACCGACAGAUAUUCUUCACUUGCAUUCCCAGCGCAUUGAGGUGUACAAAGGCAAUUACGAACAGUUUGACAAAACAAGAACGGAGAAACAUAAGGCUCAGCGAAGGGAAUACGAAGCUCAAAUGGCCCACAGACAACACGUACAGGAAUUUAUCGAUCGCUUCCGGUACAACGCGAACAGAGCUGCUUCCGUACAAUCGAAGAUAAAAAUGCUGGAAAAGCUACCUGAACUGAAACCAGUCGAAAAGGAAGUUGAAGUCGUGUUGAAAUUCCCUGAAGUUGAACCUCUCAAUCCGCCUGUUCUUACACUGAACGAAGUGAGCUUUAUGUACAACAAGGAUAAAGUCAUUUUCAACACGAUCAAUUUGAAUGCCAAUUUGGAAUCGAGAAUAUGCAUAGUUGGUGAAAACGGUGCCGGCAAAACAACUUUACUGAAAAUAAUGCAAGGAAUGCUUACACCAACGGGCGGUAUGAUAAGUCAGCAUCGUGGCCUAAAAUACGGUUAUUUUGCACAACAUCACGUCGAUCAGUUGAACAUGAAUACGACAUGUGUUGGCCUACUGCAAGAAACAUUCCCCGGCAAAACCGUUGAAGAAUAUCGCCGUCAGCUGGGCAGUUUUGGCAUUUCCGGUGAUUUAGCACUGCAAUUGGUUGCAUCACUGUCUGGUGGACAAAAAUCGCGUGUGACUUUUGCGAAAAUGUGCAUGGCUCGGCCGAAUUUCCUUAUACUGGAUGAACCGACAAAUCAUUUAGAUAUUGAAACAAUAGCUGCGUUAGGAGCGGCGAUAAAUAAAUUCAAUGGGGGUUUGAUAUUGGUGUCUCACGACGAACGACUAAUUCGUAUGGUGUGUAAAGAAUUGUGGGUGUGCGGAAAUGGCACAGUGACCAGCUUAGAAGGUGGCAUCGAGGAAUACAAAAGGCUAGUAUUAAAGGAAUUAGCUGAUGCGGCUGCCAAAUAAUGAUAGGUAGGGAACGCUGAAUAUGUCUUUUUGUGGAUAAAUGAACUAAUCGUCAAAUAAAAACAAAAUAUUUAUUUUUAUUUACCUCGAAAA